CCUACCCUCUUAAAACCUCCCAUUCUUUGGCGUCUCACGCGAACCCUACCUCUCCACUUCUCUCGUUUCUUCUUCCCAGCGCCGGCCGACCCUCGUUUCUUUCUCCGACGAACGAAGUAAUGCCUCCAAGGAAGAAAUCUGCAGGGGAGGGUACCUCUAAGUCGGAUAAGUCCAAAUCUAAGGUUCCUACCUCUUCCCGACCUCAACCAUCCAGUUCGGGGAGAUUCCCGAACCAACAGUUUGAGAAAAACUUUAAGGACAGGACUUUCAAGUUGCUCCCGUGUAGGUCGGUUGAUAAGAAGUACAUGAACGAAUUUUGUCCGUCCAUAACCGAAACUAUCGACUACUACAAACUUGACACCUUGGUAUAUUUGGAGAGAGACAUCAACCUUGACUUAGUCUCGGAAUUCUAUAAUAAUCUUCAUCAGACUUUGGAUGGUAAUUAUAGAACCCGAGUGGCUAAGCAAAACGUUGAUUUCAAUAUGAUUGACUUCUUGGGUUAUUUGGCUUGUCGUGUAAGUACGGGGUUGCUCGCUUUCUACCCUGAUUUGCCAGACCCCGUGCCUCCUCCUCUCGAUGCCUCACCUGACUCAAUCUAUGAGUAUUUCUUUGGACACCCCAGACAGGAUGGAUUAGAUGAGUUGGAUGACGACUUUCCCACAUUUCCAGCCCUUAGCCUUUCUCCUCCUGACUAUAUCCUUUUUAAAGUGGUCACACAAUGUCUUCUACCGAUCACCACUAAAUCGUUGGCAGAGAUUCGCCCGUAUCACUGUCUGAUGCUUUACGGGUUACGUCGGCGUCUAGAUUUUGAUAUCAUGUCCAAUAUCUAUGCAUCCAUCGUAUUCCAUAGCACGCCAAGCGGCGACAAUGUCUAUAUGCCUUAUGGGCAUGUCAUUACUGAUUGGCUCGAGACUUUGGGUAUAGAUGUCUCUAAGGGGAGGUUGGUGAAGAUGGUUCGCCAGGAUUGUCGACUUGGGAAGCGUGCGUUUUCCAAAUCUGGCAUCCUCAGUCAGGAUGGGACCAUUAGGUGGAUGGAUGGGAGGGCACUGGGUGAGUUACCACUCCCACGACAGGGUGCUCGUGCUCCUGCUCCAGCUGCACUUGUCGAGGCGGAUCCAGAUCUGCGCUGGCAGAUCGCGGAGUUGGAGGACCGAUUUGAUCGCCACGAGGAGAUGGUGGCUGCUGAGUUCGUUGGUCUACGUCUCCACAUUGACCGACGCUUUGAGACCCUACAGAGACAUCAGCUGGCUACUCAUCAGGCGUUUAUGGGAUGGAUGGCCAGCCACCCACCACCUCAGCCUUCUACAGACGAUCCAUCUUCAGGCAGCGGCGUACCCCCUCAGGGAUUCUCUUAUCCUGUUGCUGAUGACACUGCUCCUCAUGAUGAGGAUGCGAGUUGAUUUUGAUUAUGUGAUUGAUUGUUGAUUGUGCUACUUUGUUCUAGAUACGAUGUUGAUUACCUGUCCUGGAUGGUUGCUACUUUAGACAUUAUGUUUAUUUUCAUGCGUUUUGUACUCCUAUGAUAUCUUUUUCAUGCUAUGUAUAUGACAUUGCUUGAGUUCUAUCA